UGGCGGGUCGGGCCACGGGAAAACGGCACCCAAGAUGAGUUCGUCGUCGCUCCUGGCUGAGGGCCCCAUCGACCCACCCGUGCUGCUCUCAGACAUCAAAACGGAGCCCCCUGAGGAGCUGCUGGCCAGUGACUGCAGCCAGCCACAAGCCGAACCCGUGGACCUGUCCCUCAACAAGUCGAAGCCCUUGGUGCCAGCAGCACCCCCGCCCCCUGUCUCAGUCCAGUCCUCACCCAUGCUGGUGGCUCCCCCCAUCCCAGCUUCGACGGUGUCCAUCUCGCCCUCGGGCCUGAGCUCCACCUCGGCCAUCCCGGCCGUCCUAUCUCCUGGCUCCAUCCUGGCAUCCACGCAGGGCAGCGGUGGGCAGCAAAUCCUCCAUGUCAUCCACACCAUCCCCUCCGUCAACUUGCCCAGCAAGAUGGGCAACCUACAGACUAUCCCCGUGGUGGUGCAGUCCCUGCCUGUUGUCUAUACCACCAUGCCCACAGACGGCGUGACCGCCAUCACCGUCCCGCUCAUCGGAGGCGACGGCAAGAACGCCGGGUCUGGUAAGGCGUGCCGGGUGGUUUGCAUGGGAAAGCCGGACGCUUUCUGGGCCCCACUCAUCGAGCAGCGCGUUUUGUGGUCCUUGGUACCCCCGUCACCUAGGGCACGGGGAAGGGCGUUGAGCUCUUGGGGAGGGGGCCGGAUCCCAGGCAUGGAGGAGGGUGAGGAACCUGGCACGUGUGGUGGGUCUCACCUUGGGUGA